AUGAAAGUUCUAAAGGGAAAGACCAUGCGCAAGCUAAAGGAAAAGAUCAGCACCGGCACCAGUUCUACCACCACCAACAGCAGAAAGAAGAAGUCCAAGCCGAUGAUUCGAAAGAUUGAAGAUGGCGAAGACUUGAUUACAGAUUUGAAGCCUACCUCGGCUGCCGAUAUCAUUGACGACAUCCAGGAAUUGGAACAUGAUACCAAGCCAGCAGCUCUCCCCAAGCAACGAAGUGAAGCUGAGUGCUCCAACGACGAAAGUCCGGCUGUGCACAUGGUCGACAAUGUUCCCUGUCAACUUUCCACAGUGACGGAACUACCCGAAGAAGAAAACGUUGCAGAUGCAGUGCAAGAAAACGAAGAAGAGGAUGAACCCGAGGAAGAAGCGCUUUGGAAAUUGGAAGAGCCCGAAAUCGGGGAAGAAAUUCCCGAUCAAGAUUAUCCUGGAUUCUUAUCGAUCGAAUCUAAUAGUAGUGAGCACCAGUCCGAUGUUGACGAAAACGAUGUAUCCUUUGAGUACACGGAAUUCAAUGGAAAUCCUCCCGUGGCAGUCAUUGGAAACAUCAUGCUCGUGUCCGCCGAUAAGGAAACACCCUAUUCUCCUUUUUCGACCGCCCCAACAGAGCCUGAUACACCUGAAGAAGCCCUCAAGAGGUCUUUCGGAAAUAUGGAGGCAUCUUUGAGUGACGAUGAUGGUAGUUUUUCUCCCAACUUUAUUCCAAAGACUACAACUUAUAAUGUUGCACACAGCGAGGAUCUAGAAGCCAAAUCUAUUUGGAAGAGCUUGGAAAAGAAUGUUGCGCUUUCCCAAAAUCUCUUGAAAGAUUUCAACUGCGAAUCGCAUGUGGAACAUACAGUUAAUGGGCUUAGCUGCACGGUUCAACCACCCGACAUGACUGGUGUCGAGAUCACUGUCACCGAACCAACUGCAGAGAAAGAAGAACAAGACGAUGUUCCUCCAAUGGAACACCAACGAAAGACAGUGGGAGAGACAAUAGUGAAGCAAUCAUUUAUUGAUGUUGCUCAGUUCCAUCUUCCCAGCGACCAAAGCGAUGAUACUGCUGAGCCCAUCGUACAAGUACCUAUCAUUCACGAACAGGACGACACCGAAUUGGAGGAGAGCGUCUUGACUGUUCGAAUGGGCAAUGGUUUGAACACGUCAUUUGAAUUGCCAUUCGAUCAGGAACAAGCAUUGGCAAGGGAAUUGGCACCACCACCAACCUACCACUAUAUCACUCCUCAAUCCGUUGAUGAGGAGGAAUUCCCAGAUGACGAAAUGAAUCAAGAAGCAAGAGACUUUUUCGAAGAGAUUGAAGAUGAUAAUAAGGAGAAUGAAGAACCCAAAGAGCAAGCGUCACAAGAUACGGAUAGUGCGUUUCUCAGCGCCACCUUAUCUGUGGCCAAGUCGGUCAAGUCCGUGGCGGACACAGUAAACACUGACUCUGUCGUGUCAGUGGCCUCUGCCACUGCCCAAACCGUCGCAACUGCCGCCAACCAAUUUGAACAAGCUUCGUCACCCGCAUUGGACACCAUUAUCGAGAAAACAUCGGCAAUGGCACCGACCGCAUUCGAUGGUUUCUUUGACAACCCAAAGCCAGUCAAACGGGAUACUAAGAAACGCCAAUUUGUGAAGUCCCUAGAUGAGUCGUUUAAUUCCGAUGCCAACAGCGAUGAUGGAUCCGAGGAUGCCCAAGUGCUGGAAAAGGACGCCGAAUCGGUGGAAUCCAGAUAUGGGUUUGACAAAACCAUUGAUGGAUGGUUUUCGUCCGAUGCCUUUACAUCAGUCUCGAAACAUGUUCCAAAUUGUGUCAUGCAAUUGGUGGUGGAUGAUGAUGCGCGAUCUGACUUUGUCGAGCCACAAUAA